AUGAUACUAAAUUAUUUUGAUCAAUUUGCAAGUCCAAUCUUUUUAGGUGUACCUUUAAUUGCCCUCGCCCUAACACUCCCAUGAUUACUUUUCCCAACACCCUCAACCCGGUGGUUGAGUAAUCGCUUAACAUCUACUCAAGGAAUAUUUAUUAGUACCUUUACACAACAACUCCUUUUACCCGUUAAUAAAGGGGGCCAUAAAUGGGCUUUAAUUCUUAUUUCCUUAAUAAUUUUCCUUGUCUCUUUAAAUAUAUUAGGUUUAAUACCAUACACAUUUACCCCUACAACACAACUCUCAAUAAAUUUAGGUCUAGCCACUCCUUUGUGACUCGCCACAGUAAUUAUAGGAUUACAUAACCAACCAACCCAUGCACUAAGCCAUUUAUUACCUGAAGGUACCCCUACCUUUUUAAUUCCUAUUUUAAUUAUUAUUGAAACAAUUAGUCUCAUUAUUCGACCUUUGGCCUUAGGUGUACGACUAACAGCCAAUUUAACAGCCGGUCAUCUUUUAAUCCAACUUAUUGCUACUGCUGCUUUAGUACUUUUACCCUUAAUACCUACAGUGGCAUUUUUUACAAUAAUUUUAUUAUUUUUUUUAACCCUACUUGAAAUUGCCGUUGCUAUAAUCCAGGCCUAUGUCUUUGUAUUAUUACUGAGCUUGUACUUACAGGAAAACAUUUAA